AUGGAUAAACAAAUGAUUUUCAGUUUUUAAACUCAAAAACCUAAAAUUAGAGAGUAAGUUAAGAGACUUGAAUAUUUUCAAUAAGAAUUAUCGUAAAUCUAAGAUCUUUCAAGAUAAAAUAGAUCAAAAAGUUCUACAGAUAUGCAUAGUAUGACUACAGCUGAUAGUAGACAAUAUUAAGGUUAUUAUGAGGAAGUUUCUGCAUUUGCUUUACCAAAAAAAGAUAUUUUCAGCUAAUCUUUGAAUAAAAUCUAAAUAAAUUAACAUAACAAAGAAAUAUAAACUGAUAUUUUAUCUAAACCAAAAUUAGAAAUAUUAUAAGAAAAUGUAAUGCAAUUACAAUUAUAAAAAGAGGAAAUCUUCAAUUAAAUAAAAACAAUAAAAAAAGAGAAUGGAUUAUUGAUUUCUUAAAAUAAAUCAUAUGAAAUUGAAAUAAAUGCAUAAAAGAAUAAAAUAAAUGAACUAAUUAAUGAACAAAAUGAUAAAGAAUAAUUUUAUCAAUAAACUAUGUAACAAUAAAAUUGGUAAAUCAUUUAAUUAACUAAUGAAUUAUAAUAAUUAUAUAAUAAGCAAUAGUAAUUCAAUAAUUAUGAAAUGAAUAAUAAUACAUUAUAGAUGCUUGUAGUUUAAUUUUCAUAGGUAGAAUAGGAAAACAUUGUUUUAGCAAUUAAAGAAGUGAUUAAAAUUAAUAAAAAUGAUAGAUUAUAAGUUAUAUAAGAUUGGAUACAUGUUGAAGAUAUAAAAGAAGAAAUCAUACAAUUAAAAAAACAUCAUAAUAUUAAAUUGAAAGAAGUAAACAUUUGAAUGAAUAUGAUUUAGUUAAUGGAAUAAAUAAAAAUCCUUUAAAGUGAUUAAAUAAUUGAACCUGAAUUAUUGUCAACUUAGGAUUCAUUACAAUUAGUAUCAAAUAUCCUUUAUAGAGCUAUAAAAAGUAAUGAGAUGUUAAAAUUAAUUAAAUAAAAUACAAGAAUGUAUAAUUUGAUUGAAGAUUUAUGGAAUAAAUUAAAAUCUCGAUUGGAACAUUCAAAUUUUUCAUAAUAACAUAUUAGAACAUCAUCUUUAAAUAAAGUUGAUUUAAAUUCAACAAAUAAAAAGUUUUCAUGUAGAAAACUGUGA